AUGCUGAAAAAAUUGGUGAUUGACCAUGAGUCCCAAGUAGAAGCCCACUCAGAAGCUAUUCAAAAUUUGGAGCAACAAAUUGGGCAACUUUCGAGUUCCCAAAAUACUCGAUUAGCUGGAGCAUUACCUAGCGACACUGAGGCUAAUCCUAAGGCCCAUAUUAAUGUUCUGUCCCUGAGGAAUAGGAGAGAGUUAGUAGAAGUCCCAUCAAAGAAGAGAAAGCAAGUGACAUUUAUUAAAAAUCAGGCCACCACAGAAACCGAAUCAGAAACUGCAACGAUGUCGGAGAAGCCAAUCAAAGAGGCUAAGGCAAAGAAUCCACAACCAAUAGUUGCGAAGCAACCACCUCCAUUCCCUCAGACAUUGCAGAAACGGCAGAUUAACAUCCCAUUGGUGGACAUUUUGCAAGAAGUGCCAAAGUAUGCAAUGUACAUCAAGGAAAUUAUGGAAAACAAGCGCAAGCUGACUAAGUUUGAAACUCUAGGGUUAGGAGAUCCUCGACCAACUACGGUGGUAUUACGAUUGUCAAAUAGAUCCUUAGCUAACUCUGAGGGAAUCAUUGAAUAUUUGUUGGUCCAAGUGGUCACAUGCAUAUUCCCAGCUGAUUUAGUCAUCCUGGAUUAUGAGUCUGAUCAGGAAGUCCCAUUUAUUUUAGGACGGCCAUUUCUAGCAACGAGCCAUGAAAUUAUUGAUGUGUGUGAAGGACAAAUGACCAUGAGACUGGGUGACAAGACAAUGAACAUUUUGGCCAUGAUCACAGUUUUGGAUGAUGAAUUGGCAGGAACAACACCAUACUUGGUGUCUCAAGAUCCUCAGGGAAAAGCUUUAAUGACGAAAAAGAAGAGGAGGAUGAGAUGGUGGAGGAAAUUGAACAAGUUUUGA